AUGGAUGCCAGCGAGCUUGCCUAUGAGAUCCUCUUUCUGUUACAGAUUGUCUUUGGAGUCUCAGGAAAUGUGUUCCUCCUCCUGGUUUAUGCACACGUGGUCUCCACCACCCACCGGCUGAAUCCUCCGGACCUGAUCCUGGCCCAUCUUGUGCUGGCCAACACCAUGGCCCUUCUCAGCAGAGGGAUCCCCGACAUCCUGUCAGGUUGGGGGCUGAAUAAUUUCCUGGAUGGCAUUGCUUGUAAACUCCUCUUAUACAUUUAUCGAGUGGCCCGGGGUCUUUCCAUCUGCAGCACUUGCCUCUUGAGCGUCUUCCAGGCCAUCACCAUCAGCCCUAGCACCUCUCACUGUGCAGGAGUCGAAACCCAAUAUCCCAAGUGGAUCCUCCCCUCCUGUCUCUUCUCCUGGGUCCUCAAUCUGCUGUUUGACAUGGCUACACUGAAAGGUGUCACGGGACCUGGUAACAGCACCAGCACAAAUAGGGUCAUUCUCCUGAAAUACUGCUCUUCCAACCGUAUCAAUGAAGUCACAACCGUGGUCAAUGCAAUGGUGCUCUCCCUCCGUGAUCUGUUCUUUGUGGGACUCAUGAGUGCGGCCAGUGGCUACAUGAUGCUUGUUCUGCAUAAACACCACCGGCAGGUACGACACCUCUACGGGCCCAGAUGCUCCUCCAAGACAGUGCCCGAGGUCAGAGCAGCAAAGCAAAUCAUUGCCCUUGUUACCCUCUACGUCCUCCUCUAUGGACAGAAUGCAAUCUCCCUGAGUUUUUUAUUAAAUAUGAAGAUAAAUUCCGCUCUCAUUCUUAAUAGCCACAACAUUAUGUCUUUCACUUUUUCAGCUGUCAGCCCAUUUUUGAUAAUUCUCGGUGACCGGAGGGUAAGAAUGUUCUGGAAAAGGGAUUCCAGAUUAUCAUCUACUCCUGGAGGAGAAAGUCCUGGUGCUGGCCAGAUGUUCAUCAUUCCCGCAGUGGCUGAGAAUGCCUCAUCCCUAGUUUAUUCCCCUAGCUCGGAGACCCCGGGGGAGCUGCGGGUGCUGAUGGAAUCCCUGGACUGGACUCCCAAGGCUGCAGAAGGCUUUCGGGCCCCCAAAUCGUUUCUGAGUUCAGCCCCUGAUUUGGGACUCCCGGACUAUAGUAAACCUUUCUAUGUAUACGUUCAUGAACGCCGCGGGGUGGCCUCAGUUACGGUGGUCAUGAAGUCUCAUGAUAUCCUCUUUGUACAUCCCGUUGUUGUUCGGACCCUGCACGAGGUUGUGCGCCUCCUCCGUGGAGUGGCCACCCACGACCUAUCUGUGGCACAUCUGACUAAGCAUGAUGUUGCCUUAUUGGAGAAUCUGCAGGUACAUGUGGAGCGCUGUGGCCCCUUGAAUCUGGCUACCCUGCUGGAGUCCUCCCCCAUGACUGACUAA